UGACCAACAGAGACUCAAGUUUCUCAGAUAUUCUCAAGCAUGAACUUUGCCCGCUUCCUCACACCACCAUGAUGGCUACAUUUGCUCACCAAAAGAGGCCGAUAACUCGUUCGUGCAGUCUCGAGGACAGGCUCACUAGGAGUGCCACUUUCCACGGUUUAACUCAGACCACAGAUCGACGCCAUGAAGAGGAGGGGUCGCCAAGACAGCGACGAAUAACUGUCGGUGAUUCUGCAUCCUAUAUGCCUCAUUCUAAGGAUCAGAAUGGAAACUUUUCCGAGAAGGAUGUAGAGAGGCAAGUGGCCAAAUCUUUCAGGGAUCUGAACACUGAAGAGGUGUGCCAGUGGUUUACCAGUAUUGGACUACAAAAGUGUAUCCCUUUCAUCAAAGAGGCAAAUCUGUGUGGUGCAGACAUGGCGUCUGUAGAUGUGAACACUCUGGACACCCUCCACAUUAGCACAGUGGAGGACAGGGAGAAGUUACUGUCGGCCAUUUAUAAUGAGCUUCACCCUCCCAGCACGGUGACUCAGAGAAUCGACUCAUUGCUCGAAUCAUUGGGGCCUGGUGAUGUGGAGACAUUCACUGCAACGCUGGUGUCAAUGACUAAGUCCAAGUCUUCUCCUCAUGUGAGCUGUUUGAAUACAAAUCGGCGUUCCUUCAAGCUGAGAAACAACAGCCUAAACAACGCAGGGCAGAGGAGUGCUCAACUAAUAGAGAUUACUAUCAACGCGUCGGAGCGAAUAGUUCAUCUCAGAACCCCGAAGGAAACAACAGUGGGAAAGAUUAUGGACUUGUGCAUCAAGAUGCUGGGAAUGACAGAAGACAAGAGUCUCUUCACACUAAAAGACAAGCAAGGUUCGCCAGAGGAGCUCUCACCAGAUCAACAGAUUGGGACUCUACUUCCAUCAUCAUCAUCAUCUGCAGCAGCAGCAGCGAGCAGUCAGCUGGAACUGCACUUGGUUAAAAGGGACAAACCGACUGCUUCUGCAUCCCAAGACAGUCCAGAGGAGAACAGCCCAGAUGAAAAUCAUAACAUUACCAAUGACAUCCGAGGCAAACAGCUGGCUAAAGAAGAGCGGAUCAGGGAAUUAAACCAACAAGUGGCCUCACUACAAAAUGUCAUCCGUCAGGUCCAAGAGCUCCAUCAUGGCCUGGUAGCUUUUUGCUCAGAGUUGAAGAGCAUGGAUGGAGACACGAAUGUCGAUGCACUUGGCUCUGCUGAGCUGAAGCAGAGACUGGAGCUGGUUAACAGAAGACUGCAAGACAAAAGGCAGAACCUGCAGACCCUCAGAGACAACAUUACCGACUUCACAGCUGACAAGCAGAAGCAGUUGGAGGUUCAUCUCUUGGAAAAGAUGAAACUGAAUUGCCACGUGUUUAAGGAGGAAAUCUGCAUCGUGCAUCUCAAUCGACAGGCGGCUCAGCUCCACAGCGCUUUGCAAGAAAGCCACGUUAAGGAAAAGGCUCGAAAGAAGACUUCACCCAUUGGUAGCUUGAGCCAGCUGGUGUCACCGCAGCGUCCGGCCAUGCUGCUGGUCGUACAGGAGAACCAGAACCCUGAUGGCCGUUACGGCUUCUCCUGUCGCUAUGGGGAAGGCAGCGGACUUGUGGUGGUCGAGGCGGGCAACUCACAGCUCUGUGUGGAUGACAGAUUGGUGGAGGUGAACGGUGUGUCGGUGGUCAACUCAACACACGGAGAGCUGACCGACCUCCUGCGGCAGGGCCCCAGCAUUCAAGUCGUGGUCCUUCGUCAGCCUCCGCCUGCCCUCCCCUCCCCUCCGUCCCUGCAGCACAUGGUUAGCUGUGAUCUGGAGCAAACAUGCUGCCCAGGGGGAGACGUGGGCAGCACAGAAACCCGUCCUCAGCGCAGGGUGAUAGCCAUAUGAUGACACACAGCAGUAUUAAAACUGUCCAGUAAUGUGAGAUGCCAUGUCGUCUUUUGUUGUUUUUACUGUACUGAUGACACUAUUCAUCAAAAGUUGUUGACAGCUGCCUUUUAGUUCAGAAUAUCAAAUAGCAAUAGGGCUGUUUUUCACCAUGUGUGCACCAGCUUGUUUUUGGUAUUUAUUAGCAUGAAAUGCAUUUCAAUGUAUGCCUGGAGGAACAGCUAUUAAAAAAAAAAAAGUAA